GCCAAAGGGACAAACUGAACGGACUCCUAAUGCUUUUCAACUUUGACGGGCCAAAGUCAAGGCUUACACAGGACCUAUUGAAGAAGUGAAUGACAAAGCCAAAGGCAAAACCUGCUCUCAUGGACAAUCGUAUGCUUCAAUCCACGCUAUGCUUUCAGGUACAUGAUUGUGCUGGUCUAUGUGUCAAAACACCCUUUUUUCCUUCCUUAUUCAAUGCUUUAUGAUUGACGCCGACGGUGACAAAAAUAUGAUAAAGAACAAAAGAAGAGUCAUGUUCAACCCCCCAAAUGACAAAUGCCAUGAUCCCUGAAACAGUUUUUAGAUAGAAACCAUCUGGGAACGGGGAAGUACCUAUAAAUUAAUCAAACUCUUGGAAUUUUCUAAGUCACUGGCAUCUUGUAUAUGGCUACCGGCUGCCCAAGUCACAAUCACAAACCCCCACGUCUCUGCUCUAUAUAUACAAACACACCUCCAUGAGCCCCUCUAUCUGUCUGCCCAAACUGAAAUUCUGAAGAGAUGGCGAGUGGGGAAGAAGUCAGAAACAAGCAGGUGGUUCUGCGAGACUAUGUCAGCGGCUAUCUCAAAGAAUCAGACAUGUGUAUGGCCACAGCCACCAUCACCCUCAAGGUCCCAGAGGGUAAUUCCAAGGCCGUUCUGGUGAAGAACCUCUAUUUAUCUUGUGAUCCCUACAUUCGUGGCCAUACCAAAAGCAUUCAGGGUGGCUAUGCUGAUGAAUAUUUCAAGCCUGGCUCUCCUAUAGUGGGAUAUGGAGUGGCAAAAGUUUUGGAUUCUGGGCAUCCAGACUUCAAGAAAGAUGACUUGGUUUGGGGAUUUACAGGAUGGGAAGAGUAUAGUCUCAUCACAGCAACUGAGUCUCUGUUUAAGAUUCAUCACACAGAUGUGCCCCUUUCAUACUACACUGGACUUCUCAGUAUGCCUGGGAUGACUGCCUAUACUGGUUUUUAUGAGGUUUGUGCUCCUAAGAAAGAAGAGUAUGUCUUCGUCUCAUCCGCAUUUGGAGCAGUGGGUCAGCUUGUUGGGCAGUUAGCCAAGUUGCUAGGUUGCUAUGUUGUUGGAAGUGCAGGGUCAAAAGAAAAGGUUGAUCUGUUGAAGACCAAGAUCGGGUUCGAUGAGGCUUUCAACUACAAAGAAGAGAAGGAUUAUGACGCCUGUCUGAAAAGAGCCAGAACAACAAACCACCAUGGCUGGCAGUCAGAAGGCUUCUGGAUCAGAAAACAAGACCAUCGAUCCUUCACAUCCCCUCUAUAUUCAUCAUUCAGAUCAACCAGGCCAUGUUCUGGUGCCCAUCAAAUUAAAUGGGGUCAACUAUCAAUCAUGGAGCAAAGCAGUUAUUCAUGCCCUUACUACCAAGAAGAAGAUCGGCUUCGUCGACGGGACAGUUGAAGAACCAUCGCAGGAAGAUGAACCCUUUAUGUUUGAACAGUGGAAUCAAUGCAACAGCAUGAUACUUUCUUGGCUAACUCAUGCUGUUGAAUCGGACAUUGCUGAAGGAAUUAUCCAUGCUAAAACAGCACGCGAAGUGUGGGUUGAUUUACGCGACCAGUUUUCUCAAAAGAAUGCUCCAGCGGUUUUUCAAAUACAGAAAUCAAUCGCCACCAUGUCGCAAGGAACGAUGACAGUAGCUGCAUAUUUUACAAAGAUCAAAGCCUUAUGGGACGAGCUUGAGACGUACCGUUCCCCGCUGACCUGCAACCAACGGCAAGCACAUCUCGAGCAAAGGGAGGAAGACCGUCUUAUGCAAUUUCUAAUGGGUUUGAAUGAGUCAUAUAAGGCAGUGAGAUCCAAUAUUUUGAUGAUGUCGCCAUUGCCCAAUGUUCGUCAAGCAUACUCUUUAAUUGUCCAGGAAGAGAUGCAACGACAAGUUUCUUCUGAGCCAACCGAGAAUUUCUCAAUAGCUGCCGCAGUCCCGGGAAAAGGAGGUAAUCCAAGACAGAAAAUGUGUGACCAUUGUAACAGAUCCGGACAUACCAUAGAUGAAUGUCGGACUCUUAAAUUUCACUGUAAGUUCUGUGAUAAAAGAGGUCACACGGAGGAUAGAUGCCGACUGAAAAAUGGGAGCAAUAACAAAACGGGACAAUUCCGAGGACAACGUCCUUUUGGUCGUGGGAAUCAGCCCUCAGCAAACGCGACAGAAUCCCAGGAAAUGUCUGAUUCGACUUCUUCUAGUACAGUCCAGGGGUUCACUACAGAACAAAUACAACAGUUGGCUCAAGCAAUUCGUGCAUUAAAUCACAGUAAUUCCGGUAAUAUUGACGCAUAUGCAAAUGCUGCAGGUUUGAUUCCAUCAACUCUUGUGUCUGUUAAUUCUAGUAGUACAAGUUCUUAGAUUUUGGAUACAGGUGCCACGGAUCACAUCGUUUCCCACAUGUCUCUUUUCACUGAUCUCAAACCUUCUAAUGUCACAACUGUUAAUUUACCAAAUGGUGUAGCAUCACCAAUAACACACACUGGCACCGUUAUUUUUGAUUCCCAAUUGACCCUUAAAGAUGUUUUAUGUGUCCCAUCCUUUAACUUGAAUUUAAUUUCGGCUAGCAAACUCGCAAAAGAUCAGAAUUGCUACAUCAUAUUCUUUCCUGACUAUUGUAUUUUGCAGGACUUGGUUUCGGGGAAGAUGAUUGGCUCGGGUAAACAGCGUGGUGGUCUAUACUACAUGCAUCCAUCAACAAAUAAAUCGGUUGUCUUUCAUGUUUCUCAACCGUCUGACUUAUGGCAUUUACGCCUAGGUCAUCCCUCUUUUUCUCGUUUUAAAUUAUUAUCACGUUUGCUUCCAGAUAUUCAUAAAGAAAUAGGAAAUCAUUGUCCAAUUUGCCCACAGGCUAAGCAGACACGCUUGCCCUUUCCCAAAAGUUCAAUAACUACAAAAUUUCCUUUUUCUCUUUUA